AUGCGGCUUUUAACUGAUGCCGUUUGUGUUCGUGCUUUGGGCAGUGAAAAGGUUUUGGCGGCCAUCGGCAACCGAUUGUUUUUGCUGUACCUUGAUGCAAGCGGAAACACACAUCGCACAUUUGCUACUGUGCCACGAUUUUUGGACAAGAUAAAUGGGAUUGUUGCGUGCGUCGUCGAUGUCGGCUUUUAUCAGAUCGUAUUUCACGCAGGACGUGAAGCGUACAGUACUACCCUGAACUGCCAUGAUCACACGUUCAGUGAAUGUUCGGUUAUUGCGGUGCCGGAGGAAGUUCAGCAGUUUCCUGUGCCUCAUGUCCCGCGGCGGAUUUACGAUCGCAUUAGCUGCAUUUCACUACUCUCCGCUACGCAACUCUGUCUUAUGACCUGCCAUGGUGUAGCAGCGCUACUCAACCUUGCCGCAAAUGCCACCACCUGGAAGCUUGUGGAAAAAUGUGCCUGCGAUGAUGGUUCCACAGUCUACUGCGCCACGGUCAGCGGGACGCAAUGGGAAGAGUUGGUGUGCUUUACGGGCACAGCGUUGGGAUUGCUGCUAAUCUGGCGCGUCACUGGGGAUACAAGGGGUCAGGUGCUGAAAAGAAUUUCAGCCCACAACGGAGUCAUAUUUUCAAUAGCGUGUGACUUUGAAAUCGGCCUCCUGACCACCACUUCCGAUGACCGUUCGGUUAAGUUUUGGAAAGUGUGGCAAGCACAAGACGAUGGCGCGGUUGAGCUGAAGGAGCAGCAGUACUGCUUUGCACACACUGCAAGGGUUUUCCAAUGUCGCAUCAUCAAAAGUGCUUGCAGAACACUUGUCGCUUCGAUCGGCGAAGAUUCCCACCUGUGUCUGUGGAGCACGGACGGGGACUUGCUGUUGAAAAAACGCCUCGACGAAGGGCCCACGCUCUGGGGAAUGGAUUAUGAUCCGGAAAUGGCAACCAUUUUUAUCACGGCCAGCAAUGGCAACUUCCACAAAUACUGCAUCAAACGCUGGAUGGACGACGACCAGUACUCCAUCGACAACCCCGAAGUGAAGGACAUUAGUCCACCCCUGGCGGCUGGAGAGUACUUGAGCAAGAUUCGUUUUAUGCCCGUCAUCGAUUGCUUAGUAGCGGUGACAAACAAGAAUUCUGUAAUAAGUAUGCAGAAAGACGGGUCGACCGUGCAUACGCUGGCGCACUCCGGAGAGUUUAAAUGUAGCAUCCUUGCAGCAGGUGGCUCUUAUUUGUACCUCGCCGGAGGAUGCAGCAUCGUCCUUUACGACGUGUCGUUGAGAGGAGUAACGAACCUGAUUGCGAAGAAAACUGUGUCCUUUGCCGUCGAACCACUGCAAACCGUGAAAGGUGAGAAUUUGCCAGAAGGAUCGAUACGAUCCAUGCAUUACUGCGAACGAUCAAAAACUGUCGUGCUUUGUGACGACUAUGGACGUUGUCUGGUGUAUGACGAAACACUGACGUCCGUUUGUUCGAUGCACCGCAUUCCCAAAUCCGCCGAGCGAUGGAUAACGUUUUUUGUGAUUCCCGUCGAAGGCUACCUAUUGAUGGCCGAUCGUUCAGGACAUAUGCACCUUUUCGAUCGUAUGCAGGUGGCACCGGUGUUUAAGCUAUCGAAUGUCCAUGGGAAACUCGGCAUAACGUCUGUGGUGGCAGAACCGUGCGCAUUAGACCAUUCCGAAUUUCGCCUCACAACGACCGGCCACGAUGGUCGCAUUUGUGAGCUCUUUCUUAGCACAACCCCGCCGAAACUGGAAAGGAUAAUUUCACGCAAAACGCCCAUAAGUUGGAUCGAUCGCACGGUUUUAAGCAAACGCGGGCGCCUCUACCUAGGGUUCAACGACUCCCGGUUCCUAGUGGCCGAUGCAACCAAUGAAACCCUCUGCCAGUUCGAUUGCGGAGGAGGACACCGACAGUGGGACUUCUGUUACGACGAGCUGGCGGGCAGCUUUACGUUCUUUUUCAUCCAACAUAAGAAGCUUAAGAGGAUACACUUUGUCUUCGAACUCAACAUGGGCAGUGCACUGUGCAUGCCAAAGAAUAAUUGGCAUACUCGCGCGUGCAAUGUAUUGUGCGUUGUUCGUCGCGAUACUUCAGACCAUCUGUUACUGUCUGGUGGCGAAGAUAACAUUCUGCGGGUUAAUGUCCUCGCCAACGGAGAACUGUUGGAGGAACCACGAACGUUUAUUCACAGUCACAUCUCUAGCAUCAAAACGAUCUUAGUGAAGGCGCUGGGCGAUCGAUUGUUGCUGAUAUCGGCUGGCGGAAGAGCGCAAAUUUGUAUGACCAGUAUCGAAACGGCCAGUUUGAGCCCAAAAGAGGAAUGUGAGUACAUGCUGCUCUCCUCGGAUGCAGAGCGCAGCCGGUUGAAAACUAACCGGCAGUCGAGCUACGAUCCGGAAACAAAGUUCAUGUGCGCCUCAUUUAUUGGCGACGAGCGACUGGUUUUCGGGUGCUCGGAUGGUUUUGUUCGCAUCUACAAACUGUCCCAUAACGAUGGCCGGUGGUCGGUGCUGUUGGAGACAGAAUUAUUUUAUGGCCGUUGUAUUCUGCAUGUGGUCACCGUAGAUGCGUUAAGGGGAAUUUUCGUAACAAUGGCCACCGAUGGGUAUCUAUGCUUCUGGGAGGAUGCCGGUUCGAAAGAACCUUUUCAUCGGCAUCGGCACCACAAGAGCGGCGUAAAUUCCGUUGACGUGAAGCUCGUUGCUGAGAAUAAAAUCCUGAUAGCCACAGGAGGGGACGAUCAGUCGGUUAGUGUGUCAUUGUUUGAAUUGUCGGCUCUAGACGGCAAGCCGAAGAUAGGGUUUGUAGGGGGUUUGUGCGAACAGUUUUUACACACAGCACAAGUUAAUGGCAUUCAGCUGCUAGGCAAUGAUCAAAUAGUGAGCGUUGGUGUGGAUCAACGACUGUACGUUAGCAGCUUUGCGGGUUACUCCACGCUGGACGUAAUCAAGGCCAUUAGUACAUGCAUAUCGGAUGCUAAAGGAUUAUCCUUUGUUGCGGCUAGUAAUGAAAUUAUCGUGUACGGUUGUGGUAUAGAAGUGAUAAAUCUAAGUAGCUUUUAA